UGUAUCUUCAGCUUUCAACUUCUUUUUGGUCUCAGGGUCACUUUACUCUCUUAAAAACUGAGGACCUUAAAGACCUUUCUUUUAUAUGGGUUAUUAGUAUCUAUUUACCAUAUUAGAAAUUAGAGCUGAGAAAGUUUUUAAAAUUUUGGUUUAUUAACUUAAAAAAUUGAUUGUUAACAUAAUAUAUUGGUUAAAAGUAACUAUUUUACAGAACAAAAAAUAUUUAGCAAGAUGAGUGGCUUUUCUGCAAAUCUUGAUAAUGUUUGGCUUAAGACAAACCGCUGGAUUCUCAUCUUUUUCUAAAUUCAGUCUGUUUUGUGGUUUUGGCUAAACUAUGUGAAGAAAAUCUAGCCUCCUACAGAUAUAUAUAAUUGGAAAAGUAUUUUAAUAGCAUUUUCAGAUAUUUUAUACUAUACUAAAACUGUACAAGUAGUUUCUCAGAGAGGUUAGCUGCAGGAUAGAAUUAGAAACCCUGUUAGUUGGGCUUUUUGUAAUGUUUAAGUUCACUGGUGUGUCUUGCAAUUUGAAUGACUCGAACCCAUGUGUAAUUCUGUAACAUAUGUUGAUUUCUUUGGAAAAUACUGGUUCACUGAGUUACGUAGUUGACAUAUUGUUCAUUAUACAGGAUUUAAAAAAUCAUAUUCAUUACUAUUACCACACAUUUCAUCAGAGACAUAUUUAAGUAUUGGAAAGCUAUCAAGCUCACUGUAGUGUAUAUAAAGCUUCCACAUUUCUAUUUUUUGCCUGAAAACUUGAGUUUUAUUGCCAAACAAUGACGUGGAACAUCUUUUCAAUAUGUUUACUUUAUCUUCUUUGCUGAAGUGUCUGUUAAGGUCUUUCACCUAUUUUUUAAAUCUGGUUGUAUUGUUAAAUUUCAAGGAUUCUUUGCAUAUUUUGGAUAACAGUUCCUUAUCAGAUGUCUUUUGCAAAUAUUUUCUCCUGGCCUGUGGCUUGUCUUCUUUUUCUCCUGACAUUGUUCUUUGCAAAACAGCUUUUAACUUUAAUAAAGUACAACUAUUUCUUUCAUGGAUUGUGCUGAAAAGUCAUCAAGGUCAUCUAGAUUUUCUCCUAUGUUGUCUCCUAGGAACUUUAUAGGUUUGCAUUUUACAUCUAAUUUAUGCAUUUUACAGAACUCAUUUUGAGUUAACUUUUGAGAAGGAUGUAAGGUCUGUGUCUACAUUGAUUUUUUUUUGCAUUGAAUAUCCUGUUGUUCCAGCACCAUUUGUUGAAUAGACUGUCUUUGCUCCAUUGUGUUGCCUUUGAUCCUUUGUUAAAGACCAGUUGAUUGUAUUUAUGUGGGUCUAUUAUUGGGCUCUCUAUUCUGCUUCAUUGAUCUUUAUUAUUUUGCCAAUACCACACUGUCUUGAUUACUGCAGCUUUAUAGUAAGUCUUGAAGUCAGAUAGUGUCACUUCUCCAGACUUUUUUCUCCUUGAAUAUUAUAUUGGCUAUUCUGGGUCUUUGCCCUGCAAUUUACUUUUGAGAGAGAAAUGGCAUUCUAUUAAUAAUAACCUCACAAUAACAGAUGUAAACUAGGACUGUCCUGGGCAACCUGGGAUAUGUAUAUGGUUGACUUAUUUCUAGAGCAAUUCAAAUCAGCUUCUGCUGCUUGGUCUUGCCACAUGAUCUUUCUUUGUAAAGCCAUCAGUCAUUGUGGGAGAAAGGGAAGAAUAGGAACAUUGAGAGGUUUGGGGUAGCUUUUGUCUCUGUGCUUUAAAAUUCCUAACUUCAGGUACAAACUGUAUGUCCAAUUGGUCUUGAAUUUAGGUCUGGUAAAAAUUUCAGCAGUGCUCUUGGUUCUUGAGGUGAUUUGAGUUAGAAUAUUAAGUUCAGAUGAUCGGGAGACAUCCAUGUGCUAAAGAGUAGUCACAAAGAAGAGACUGGCCAGUCUUGCACCUCUUGAAUUAUGGGAUGUGGAUACUAAGAUUUGGAAUGGUUCAAAGCAGGACCACGAAUUGUGGAAUUAUUAACUGCCUUAUGUAUCAAAGGCUUUCUGGUGUAUAGGGAAAAAUAACACUUGUGGAUAUUAUUAUGCAAUAUUAUCUUUUUUACAAAAUUUGUUAAAUUACAAUUCUGGGGUUGGAUUCUUCCUAUAUUCUAAAGCCCAUUGUGUAUGAAAUUUAAUAUUUCUAGAAAAUAUUCAUCAAGACCAAAGUUCUGACAGAUUUAGUUUAGGUAAAAAUGCAUAUUCGGUUAAAACUUAAAUGGUUAUUGAAGCUAACGUCAAUAUUUUAAAAAGUGUGUUUCAGGCACAUAUAAUGGUAUAUGUAAUUUGUGAGCUUGUAUAAAUGGUGCAUAUAACUUGUGAAUUUAGUAUCAAGAUUAAGUAGGAGCUGCAUGAAACUUCACUAUAAAGCUGUUAGUUCCAUUCUUUUAUUCUGAUGGCUAUAAAGAAACUCUUAAAACUCUUAUAGCUCUGUUUGAUUUAUUUAAGUAUAGAGAAGUAUCCUUUAGGAUUUAUUGCAGGGUACUUAAAAGAGGAUGGUUGUUGCUGUUUUUCCUCAAAUUCAUUUAAUUGCCUCAGAUUUUUGUUUCCUCUCAGGCUAUGGCUUAAGCUGUACCAGCUUAAGCUUUGCUCACUAUAGAUAAUUAAGACUAAUACCAUUGUGUUCAUGCCACUCUAAUUCUUUCUAAUUUAGCCUUUCUAAAAGAAUGUCUGUUAAUAAGCAAAGUCAUAGAUGAACAGAGGAUAAAAAUAAUUUUGUGCUUCAUUAACCAUCAAUCUCUGUAGGCUUACUUCUAUUGUCUUAAUGUGGAAGGAAUAGUUUAAAAAAUAUUUGCUCUUCUGAGCUGUUAUAUCUGAUGGAGCCAUUCUAGUGUCAGAAACAGAUUUUGGGGGCAAUUUUCCUUAGUGCAAUAUGUGAGAAAAAGGCUGUAAUAAACAUUACAUUUAAUACUUAGAUGCUGCAUAAACGUGUUAAAAAGUUCUUGUUUGUAUAAAAGAAAAAGCAAAAUUGAUACUCUAACAGUCAUGGUCAGCUAGGUAAAUUGAACCUUGAUGUAAAGUUUAACAUUACAUUAAUCAACUAAAAUGCUACUGGAGGUACUAUUUGUUCUUUAGUCUUAUUUUUUUAAAUGAAUACAUUUACAACCACUUGGUCACCCUUUUGAUGUAUUAUAAAUGAAGGGAUAGUAUAGCAGAUUGGUAGGUAAGAAAGGAAAGAUAUGUGAGAUUGCAGCUUUAAUGCAGGUUAAGUUGGUAUUCUCCUAAGACUUUCUUCAGUUGUAUUUUUCUUAGCAGUCAUACCUGUUUCAUGCAAACACUUCAGGAGACAUGUUCUUAUUAAGUAUUCCUAAAACUAUGUAGUUAUGCUUGCUUACUUGGCCAAAGUACUGUAAAUAACAUUUCAUGAAAUGAAUGAAUGAAUUAAAAUGUCUUUGAACCUAUAAAAUUUAGAAUGUUUAUAUUGGGUUACAUAUUUUUGCUUAAUAGUAUAGUCUCUUGGAAAUAUGCCACUUCAACAAUUAUUACUUUUUCUCCCUUAUGAAAAGUUGUAAUGGAGAUUUAGUGCUACAUUGACUUACUAAGUAAAUACAACCUAGAUGUUUUGUUAUGGAUCUUUAUAUACAGUAUACUUGAGAAUAAUGAGAUAUUUUCUUUUUCUACUUAAAAUAGGUGAGUUGUAAAGUCUUUGUCUAAAGUUGUUGGAAAAAAAUAUAAUUCUUUCACCGUACUUGGAAUCAGAAAGGUUAGAAUGCACCAUGCUUGAACAUGUUAGUGAUGGAAAACAUUUUUUGAAAAUAAGUUAUACUUAGCAAUUUUACUAAAUUGUUAAAUUCUAAUGAAUGUCUCAUGUUUAUUUUGUUUUUUGUGCAGCAUCGUUUGUAAUUCCUGCUGGUAGAACCACAGCAGAACUGGGUACUUCAACCUUCAGUGUAAACUUUACUUUUCCUGGUUAUGCUAUUCAUGUACCAGCAGGUGUGACACUACAGACUGCAUCUGGUCAAUUUUAUAAAGUCAAUGUACCACUUAUGGUGACACAGACUUCUGGAAGAGCAGGUAUUCUUCAGCAUCCAAUUCAGCAAGUAUUUCAGCAGCUUGGGCAGCCUUCAGUACUAGAGGCCUGUGUUCCACGACUGAGCCCAUAUUCUCUUCAAGCAACUACUGAAAAAUCACAGAAAAUGGAAACCAUGCUCCAGCAACCCACAAUUCUUCAUUCUGGGACACUGGCUAUGAAAUAUUUAGACAGUACCACCAGUGUUAUACAUCUCCCUUCUCAAAAUGAGCAUAAAAUCAUGUCUGAAGCUUUGUUGAGUCAGCCAGAAAACUCACAGUUUAUCACUCUUUCAAGUGUUGUAUUUCCUCCACCAGUGUCUCCAACCAAUUCUAACAUGGAGCCAGUGCUCAGUGUUUCAGCUAGCAUGACCCAAAAUCUGCAUGGUGGGCCCCUCUCCACAGGUCCUCAGAGGACUUGGCUCCAGCACAUGUCUGAUAUUCAGCUUCACGUUCUUAAAAACAGAAUGUUGGAAUGCGAUUCUGAAAAGCAGCCAAGAAAUAAAGAGGAGCCCAGGAGCCUACCUGUCUUGGAGAAGGAUUCUAAUACGCAGAUGGAUUUAAGCAUUCAGACAACUGAUGAUGAUACUGAUGAAAUAAUUCAAGUAGAUGGAACUGGUGAUACAUCUUCCAAUGACAGAAUAGGAAGUACAAGAGAUGUAGAUGAGAAUGAAUUUCUAGGAAUUAUUGAUGCAAGACACCUGAAGGUACUUGAAGAAAAAGCUGAUAGUGUGUCAAAUGAAGAUUCAACUGCCAACACUAGUGAUAAUGAAGACCCUCACAUAGACAUUGUGGAAGAGGAGGCUUUAAAUUCUGGAGAUGAUGUUAGUGAGCAGGAUGUGCCAGACCUGUUUGACACGGAUAAUGUAAUUGUCUGUCAGUAUGACAAGAUUCAUCGAAUUUUCAGGAAGAAACAAGAUGUCUAUCUUCUUGUCUAUCUGAACGUGACCCAUGGCUAUGGAGCUGGAGAAGGCAGGGAGUGAAGGUGUGGGGAAGCCAUCUACCAACUGACUAUUUGAAAUGAUGCCUAGGCAGUUAUCUGGCUGUCUCAUAGCUUUACAUCCUCUUCAUCAUCUUCCUGAAUGUCUCCACAUCACACCUGCUGCUUAAAAACUGCAAAAUCCGCUGCACCUCACUCCCUUGGUGGCUGUUU